CAUGCAAACAUUCUCAUCCUACACAAAAAUAAACACCACAAGUCGAAGAAAAGAAAAAUCAUGAGUUCCAAACUGAUUCUUCUCCUCGGCCUUUUCUUCGCUGUGGCUCUUCUAAUUUCUUCAGAAGUAGCUGCAGCCAGCAGAGAUCUAGCCGAGACUACAAAUGCCGUUGAUCCAUCUGUGGAAACCAAAGGAGAUGCAGUGAAUGACGCCAAAUACGGCGGCGGUGGCGGGCGCGGGCGAGGUCGGUACUGCCGGUAUGGGUGCUGUGGGCGGAGCUACAACAGACGCGGGUGCAGGUGCUGCACUUUUGCCGGUGAAAAAGCGGAGGUUGAGACUAAGAACUAAUUAAGCCUAAGAUCGAUAUAUGUAGUGUGUUGGCAAAGAAAGUUUUAUGCAAAUUAAGAUGUAAUGAAUAAAAUGCAUGGCUAUACUUUGACCACAUACGUUCAAUGUGUGGCCUGUGUGUAUUAUAGUAUAGUACCUGUUAUAUAUGCUGUAACAGACUUUUGCUUCUGUUUAUACCCAAAUUAAUAUGGAUUUUGUGUGUAUUAUUAAA